CAUUCGUUCUCCUUCCAAACGACGUCAUCCCACCGUCAAAACGACACCCCCUCUCUCGCCCGCCCUGCAAGAAUCCAAUCAAGCGCAGCAAAAGUCAUAAAUAAAUCCAAUUCAAGAAAGAUUCGUUUUUUCUUUUUCUUUUUCCUUUUCAGACAAAACUAAACAAAACCUUAAAUCUUGAAUCACAAUUCAUCCAACAAAAACAGCAAAAAGAGAAGAAGAAUGGGAUGCAGCCAAUCAAAGAUCGAGAACGAAGAAGCAGUCACACGUUGUAAAGAACGCAAACAGUUCAUGAAAGAUGCUGUUUCCGCCCGUAACGCCUUCGCCGCCGCCCACUCUGCCUACGCCGUCGCCCUUAAAAACACCGGCGCCGCCCUCAGUGACUACACUCAAGGGGAAGUAGCCCACCACCUCCCCCACCCUUCUUCUUCUUCCUCUGCCGCCGCCGCCGCUGUGGCAACAUCUUCAUCCGUGGAGAAUUUACCUCCUCCUCCCCCGCCUCUCCCCAAUUUCCAGAACACCCCGCCGCUGCAACGAGCGGCGAGUAUGCCGGAGAUGAAGAUCCCGAAGCCGGAGAUGAAGCCUGUUGGGCCCACAAUAAUGGAAGAAGAUGAGGAGUUGGAGUUUGAGGAUCAAGAUAUUGAGAAAUUAACUAGAAAAAGGAGUAGUAAUAGUAACAGAGGUGAAGUGGGAUCACAGUCACAGCCGCCCCGGCCACCGCCGCAGCAACAGCAAAGGCAGUGGAAGGAGGAGGAGGUAGUGAUGAGGGCCCCACCUGUGAAUCAGGGAUCAUCAUGGGGUGAUUACAUAUUUGCCCCUGUGGAUAGCAUGCCGGGUCCGAGCUUGGCGGACCCGGAAGAGGAGGAGGAGGAGGUGGUGGAGAGGGUGAGUAGAGUGAGGCGUAUGGAGGUGCAGCCGCCGCCGCCGCUAGUGAUCGUGGAGGAGGAGGGGAGGGUGAGUAGAGUGAAGCAUAUGGAGGUGCAGCCGACUCCGCCGCUGGUGAUCGUGGAGGAGGAGGGGAGGGUGGAGAGAGCUGUGGAGGUCCCGGUUCCAUUGCCAAUGGACAAGAAAGGCGUGAAGAAAGGUGGUGGAGAAGCAGGGAGGAGACCCACUAAGCCAAUGAGUUUGAUGCAGAUAUUUUCGGAGCUUGAUGAUCAUUUCUUGAAAGCUUCUGAAAGUGCUCAUGAAGUUUCCAAGAUGUUGGAGGCUACUCGCUUGCAUUAUCACUCCAAUUUUGCUGAUAAUCGCGGACAUAUUGAUCACUCUAAAAGAGUGAUGCGUGUUAUUACGUGGAAUAGAUCAUUUAAAGGAAUGCCGAAUGUUGAUGAUGGCAAGGACGACUUUGAAGCAGAGGAGCAUGAAACACAUGCUACUGUGUUGGAUAAAAUGUUAGCUUGGGAAAAGAAGCUUUAUGAUGAAGUGAAGGCAGGUGAAAUUAUGAAAUUUGAGUAUCAAAGGAAGGUAGCUAUGCUGAACAAGCAGAAGAAAAGGGGUAGUAACUCAGAAUCAUUGGAGAAACUAAAAGCAGCUGUAAGCCAUCUGCAUACGAGAUACAUAGUAGACAUGCAAUCAAUGGAUUCAACAGUUGCGGAGAUAAACCGUUUACGUGAUGAGCAAUUAUAUCCAAAACUCGUUCAGCUUGUUGAUGGGAUGGCCACAAUGUGGGAUACCAUGCGAUUCCACCAUGAGACGCAGUCGAAGAUUGUAUACGUCCUUAGAAUUUUGGACAUUUCUCAGUCUCCCAAGGAAACGAGUGAAUACCAUUACGAUCGUACUUGUCAGCUUUACGGAGUAGUGCGAGAUUGGCAUACUCAGUUUUGUAAGCUUAUAGAUUAUCAGAAAGACUACAUAAGGGCACUAAACAAUUGGUUAAAGCUGAAUUUAAUCCCAAUUGAGAGCAAUUUGAAAGAAAAAGUUUCUUCUCCACCGAGGGUUCAAAAUCCACCCAUUCACAUGCUCCUAAUAGCUUGGAAAGAUGACCUGGACAAACUUCAAGACGAGGUGGCAAGAAGUGCAAUUACUAACUUUGCUGCUGUCAUACAGACCAUUGUGCAUCACCAGGAAGAAGAGGUAAAGAUGAGAGAAAGAUGUGAGAUCACAAGAAAGGAGCUCGGCCGCAAGAUGCGGCAACUUGACGACUGGAAACAUAAGCAUAACAUAAGGGACACACCCGAUGGAUUGGAUCCCGAGGGGGAAGAAGAAAACCCGCACCGGAAUGCUAUGAUGGAGAGGCAGAGUGUUGUUGAGCUAUUGCAGAAGCAAUUAGAAGAGGAAGAGGAAGCUUGCCGAAAGAUUUCCUUACAAGUGAGGGAGAAAUCUUUGGCGAGUUUAAAAACUCGCUUGCCAGAGCUUUUUAGGGCCAUGUCCGAUGUUGCUCUGGCUUGUGCAGACAUGUAUAGUAACUUGCGGUCUAUAGCACACCAUGAUUCAUCAUAAGAAACUGGAAAUAUUAACUUAUGUUUUUUUUUUUGUAUCUAUUUGCUUGUAUACCCUAUAGAAGAAUAAACCUUAAAAGAAGAAAAUAGCUUGUAUGAUGAUGAUGUGCAGCUUGUGAUUCUGCUGCACUUUUUAUAUGGAUUUGUUCGUCUCUUUUUGUCAA